AUGGACCGGCCCGGCUCUCCGCGCCGCGCGUCCCGGGGGGCCUGGGCGCUGCUGGCCGCCGCCGCGCUCCUCUACGCCGCGCUGGGGGCCGCGGUGCGCGCGGAGCAGCAGAUCCCGCUCUCCGUGGUGAAGCUCUGGGCCUCCGCUUUCGGUGGAGAGAUUAAGUCCAUUGCCGCCAAAUACUCUGGCUCCCAGCUUCUGCAAAAGAAAUACAAAGAAUAUGAGAAGGAUGUGGCCAUAGAGGAAAUUGACGGCCUUCAGCUGGUGAGAAAGCUGGCAAAGAACAUGGAGGAGAUGCUGCACAAGAAGGCCGAGGCAGUGCGGAGACUUGUGGAGGCUGCAGAAGAUGCACACUUGAAACAUGAAUUUGAUGCGGACUUGCAGUAUGAAUACUUCAAUGCCGUGCUCAUCAAUGAAAGGGACAAAGACGGGAACUUUCUGGAACUGGGGAAGGAAUUCAUCUUAGCCCCAAACGACCACUUUAAUAAUUUGCCUGUGAACAUCAGUCUGAGUGAUGUCCAAGUCCCAACAAACAUGUAUAAUAAAGAUCCUGCAAUUGUCAAUGGAGUUUAUUGGUCUGAAUCCCUAAACAAAGUGUUUGUGGAUAACUUUGACCGGGACCCUUCUCUCAUCUGGCAGUACUUUGGAAGUGCAAAGGGCUUUUUUAGGCAGUACCCAGGGAUUAAAUGGGAACCAGAUGAAAAUGGAGUCAUUGCCUUUGACUGCAGGAACAGGAAAUGGUAUAUACAGGCAGCGACAUCUCCCAAAGACGUGGUCAUUCUGGUGGACGUCAGCGGCAGCAUGAAGGGACUGCGCCUGACAAUUGCGAAGCAGACCGUCUCUUCAAUUUUGGAUACCCUGGGGGAUGAUGACUUCUUCAACAUCAUUGCGUAUAAUGAGGAGCUUCACUACGUAGAGCCUUGUCUGAAUGGAACUCUGGUGCAAGCUGACAGGACCAACAAGGAGCACUUCAGGGAGCACCUGGAUAAGCUUUUUGCCAAAGGAAUCGGCAUGCUGGAUGUAGCUCUGAACGAGGCCUUCAGCAUUCUCAGUGACUUCAAUCACACAGGACAGGGGAGCAUCUGUAGCCAGGCCAUCAUGCUCAUAACUGAUGGCGCAGUGGACACCUAUGACACCAUCUUUGCCAAAUACAACUGGCCAGAUCGGAAGGUCCGCAUCUUCACGUACCUCAUUGGACGGGAGGCUGCCUUUGCAGACAACCUCAAGUGGAUGGCCUGUGCCAACAAAGGAUUUUUCACCCAGAUCUCCACAUUGGCGGAUGUGCAGGAAAAUGUCAUGGAAUACCUUCAUGUGCUCAGCCGGCCCAAAGUCAUUGACCAAGAGCACGAUGUGGUGUGGACCGAAGCGUACAUUGACAGCACCCUCCCUCAGGCUCAAAAGCUUGCCGAUGACCAGGGCCUCGUGCUGAUGACCACAGUAGCCAUGCCCGUUUUUAGUAAGCAGAACGAAACGAGAUCGAAGGGCAUUCUUCUGGGCGUGGUUGGAACAGAUGUCCCAGUGAAAGAACUUCUGAAGACCAUCCCCAAGUACAAGUUAGGGAUUCACGGUUACGCCUUUGCAAUCACAAAUAAUGGAUAUAUCCUGACGCAUCCAGAACUCAGGCCGCUGUAUGAAGAAGGAAAAAAGCGAAGGAAGCCCAACUACAGCAGCGUUGACCUCUCAGAAGUGGAGUGGGAAGACCGAGAUGACGUGUUGCGAAAUGCGAUGGUGAAUCGGAAGACGGGGAAGUUUUCUAUGGAGGUGAAGAAGACGGUGGACAAAGGGAAACGGGUUUUGGUGAUGACAAACGACUACUAUUACACAGACAUCAAGGGCACCCCCUUCAGUUUAGGCGUAGCGCUCUCCAGAGGCCAUGGGAAGUACUUCUUCCGAGGGAACGUGACUGUCGAAGAAGGCCUGCAUGACUUAGAACACCCUGAUGUGUCUUUGGCAGAUGAAUGGUCCUACUGCAACACUGACCUGCACCCUGAGCACCGUCACCUGUCUCAGCUAGAAGCCAUUAAGCUCUACCUCCGAGGCAGAGAGCCUCUACUCCAAUGUGACAAAGAAUUGAUCCAAGAAGUUCUUUUUGACGCUGUGGUGAGUGCCCCCAUUGAAGCCUACUGGACGAGCCUGGCUCUCAACAAAUCAGAGAAUUCUGACAAGGGCGUAGAGGUUGCCUUCCUCGGCACUCGCACGGGCCUCUCAAGAACCAACCUGUUUGUGGGGGCAGAGCAACUCACCAAUCAGGACUUCCUGAAAGCAGGAGACAAGGAGAACAUUUUCAACGCUGAUCAUUUCCCUCUGUGGUACCGAAGAGCAGCCGAGCAGAUUCCAGGGAGCUUCGUGUACUCCAUCCCCUUCAGCACCGGAACAGUGAACAAAAGCAAUGUGGUGACAGCAAGUACUUCCAUCCAGCUUCUGGAUGAGCGGAAAUCUCCCGUAGUGGCAGCUGUAGGCAUUCAGAUGAAACUUGAAUUUUUCCAAAGGAAGUUCUGGACUGCCAGCAGACAGUGUGCCUCCCUGGAUGGCAAAUGCUCCAUCAGCUGUGAUGAUGAGACUGUGAACUGUUACCUCAUAGAUAACAAUGGAUUUAUUCUGGUAUCCGAAGACUACACACAGACUGGAGACUUCCUGGGUGAGGUGGAAGGAGCUGUGAUGAACAAAUUGUUAACAAUGGGCUCCUUUAAAAGAAUCACCCUCUACGACUACCAAGCCAUGUGCAGAGCCAACAAGGAGAGCAGCGACAGCGCCCACAGGCUCCUGGAUCCCUAUAAUGCCUUCCUGUCAGCAACCAAGUGGAUCAUGACAGAACUUGUCUUAUUCCUGGUGGAAUUUAACCUCUGCAGUUGGUGGCACUCCGACAUGACAGCUAAAGCCCAGAAGUUGAAGCAGACCCUGGAGCCUUGUGACACUGAGUAUCCCGCCUUCGUGUCGGAGCGCACUAUCAAGGAGACCACAGGGAACAUUGCUUGUGAAGACUGCUCCAAGUCCUUUGUCAUCCAGCAGAUCCCAAGCAGCAAUCUGUUCAUGGUGGUGGUGGACAGCAGCUGCCUGUGUGAGUCCAUGGCUCCCAUCACCAUGGCACCCAUUGAAAUCAGGUAUAAUGAAUCCCUCAAGUGUGAGCGUCUGAAGGCUCAGAAGAUCAGAAGGCGUCCAGAAUCCUGCCAUGGCUUCCAUCCUGAGGAGAAUGCAAGGGAGUGUGGGGGUGCCUCGAGCCUCCACUCCCAGGGGGCUCUUCUCCUCCCUCUGUUCCUGACACUCUUCUCCAGGUGACACGGACUGAGGUGUUCUCUUGGCAUGCUAUAAAUCAUGGAUAAACUGUGAACCAAAAUAUGGUGCGACAUAGAAGACAUAAAAUAUAGUCCAGCCAUCAGCAUCUCAUGAUUUUAAACUGUGUGUGAUGAUAUAAGCUCUUAAAAGACAUGUUGACAAAAGGUUAUCUUUUUACUUUGCCAGUCAUGCAAAUGUGAGUUUGCCACAUGAUCACUCACUCCAUCUAAAAUGGGGCUGCCAAGGGUAGGUGGUGUCCCUUCUGCUUGAAACCCAUGGAACCAAUUUAA